AUGAGUUCUGCUCAAGGAAACGAAGCGGAAAAGAAUAUUGAGAUAUGGAAAGUCAAGAAACUCAUUAAGCGACUUGAGGCUGCUCGAGGCAAUGGAACCUCCAUGAUCUCGCUGAUUAUUCCGCCGAAAGAUCAAGUGUCUCGUGCUGCAAAAAUGUUGGCUGAAGAGUUUGGCACUGCGUCUAAUAUCAAAUCUCGAGUCAAUCGCCUAUCGGUGCUCUCCGCUAUUACCUCGACACAGCAGCGCCUGAAGCUUUACAACAAAGUUCCUCCAAAUGGCUUGGUUGUCUAUUGUGGUGAAAUUAUCACUUCUGAAGGAAAGGAGAGGAAGAUCAAUAUCGAUUUUGAGCCUUUCAAGCCCAUCAACACAUCCCUUUACUUAUGUGAUAACAAGUUUCAUACCGAGGCUUUGAGUGAGCUCCUCGAGUCUGACCAGAAAUUCGGGUUCAUUAUCAUGGACGGUAAUGGCGCCCUCUUCGGCACUCUGAGCGGCAAUACAAGGGAUGUGAUUCACAAGUUCUCUGUUGAUUUACCUAAGAAGCAUGGUCGGGGCGGACAGUCUGCGCUGCGUUUCGCCCGUCUUCGGGAGGAGAAGAGGCACAAUUAUGUCCGGAAAGUGGCCGAAUUGGCGGUGCAGAAUUUCAUCACAACCGACAAAGUCAACGUCGCAGGCUUGAUUCUUGCCGGAUCUGCUGAUUUUAAGAAUGACCUGAAUCAAUCCGACAUGUUUGAUAAUCGUUUGUCCAGCAAGGUCAUAAAAGUUGUCGACGUAUCUUACGGUGGCGAGAACGGUUUCAAUCAAGCCAUUGAACUUGCUUCUGAAACUUUGAGUAAUGUCAAAUUCAUACAGGAGAAAAAGCUCAUCGGCAAAUACUUUGACGAAAUCAGCGUGGACAGUGGAAAGGUUUGCUACGGAGUUGAUGACACUAUAAAGGCCUUAGAGGGAAGCGCCGUUGAAGUACUCAUCGUCUAUGAGAAUUUAGAAAUUACUAGGUGGGUGCUACGUACCUCGGGCGGAUCUGAGGUGAUCCUUCACACUAGUAAGGGACAGGAAGCGCAGCGAGAGCAAUUCUUAGACAAAGAAAGCGGACAAGACAUGGAGAUAGUGGAGCAAGGAUCUAUGUUGGAAUGGCUAGCGGAACACUACAAGGACUUCGGAGCGCAGUUGGAAUUCGUUUCCGACCGAUCUAGCGAAGGCAACCAAUUCGUCAAAGGCUUUGGUGGCAUUGGAGGGAUACUGCGCUACAAGCUCAAUUUUGAACAGCUUGCUGAACUUGAUGAAGAGGACGAAUUUUACGAUGGCGAGGCAGAAGUUCCAGACGACCGAGUCUCAAAAAGUCUGACGGCGCUUCGCUUCCAGCCUAGUAGCACGCGAACCAAUCUGCGCGUGAUCUGCACAGUAGACCUGGCCUCUCGGCAGGAGAUCAAGAUGGGAAUGUCAAUGGCAGGGUUGGUAAUCGCAGGUCUCCGAGACUCCGAGCCGGAAAAACCAAAAAACCCUCACGCUGGCUCGAAAUUUGGACCUCCUCCACACUUUGGUACGCCUAGCAUCGUUACAGAAAUGGCCGCACGAAUUGUUACCUUAAAUGGAUCUGGGGACGAGUCACCAAAGUCCGACCAAUCGCAGACAAGAUUCAGCACGCCAGUAUCUGAUCUGGAUGACCACCGCAAACAGACUUCGACGCGCUCUCGAGGGGACACGGUCGAUAGCCGACACAGCUUGCUGAAUGUUCCGGAUUUUUCAGAGAAGACUCAAUCUCAUUCGGGUCUGCUUCAAGUCAAUGAAGGGCUUCGUGACAUGCCAUCUCCCUCACGAGCUUCUGAACAUGCUAUGAUUGAUGAUGAUGUGAGCGCGCGUGGAGAACAUAUCAUUGAGCGUCAUGGCUCAAGCAGUCCUGUCACCACAAGGCGCGCGACUCUCCGGAACACGCGCACUCCCCCUCCCAAAUCGAGAGAUUCUUCUCCAUCAUCAAGAUCAUCUUCACCAGCAGAUUCUGUCGCUGCUUUUGCGGAGGGAAGACGCCGGGAGAGGAGGAACACAGUUGACAGCCGAGCAUCUGAUCUGGACCUACGUAUUCAUCGCACGAUAUCGGGUGCUUCAUAUCAUCAACGGCCAAGCUUCAAUAAUGGCAGCAUCCGUAACCCGACCAUCCAGGAUGACCGUACCUCUAUUCGAGCUGCAGAAGAGGAUGUGUGCUUUCCUACUGCAGAGGAACCAUCCAAAGCUUCCAAGAUUGAUUUCGAAGAGCUCGACGAGUAUGCUGCCAGUCAGGCUGUGAGUAGACUUCCCCUACAGCAUGGAUUCCGGCAGAAACAUAGCUUCAGCUGUGGCAGUGGGAAACCGAAGCGAGUAAUCGGUCUUCAAGCCAUGGCUAUCCCCACAAUCAAGACCCACAGUUCUCCUUCACUCAAGCAAAGCUCAGAUUGUGCGAUUGACGACAGUGACACGGUUCUGAAUGAAAAAUUAGAUGCAGCGACUGACGCUGCAUUGGGUGCUGAUGGUCUCAAGCCAAGACGGCCCAGUCUCACCGAAACUAUGCGUUACAGCUUCUUCUCUACAAACCUACAGCAGACCGUUCACGCUGCCGACUUCGUAGAUCUUCUGGCUCCUGGCGAGACUUUCCGAGACUUGUUCGAUAUCCCAAAAGACAAAGGCGCUUGGUGGCUGGAUAUCCUCAAUCCAGACGAAGAAGAAAUGGAAGUCUUGCAAAAAGCCUUCGGCAUCCACCGUUUGACUACUGAGGAUAUUAUCACACAGGAGCCCCGUGAGAAAGUGGAAUUGUUUGACCAAUACUAUUUCGUCUGCUUUAGAUCAUUCUUUCAGGUCGACGAGAAGCACGAGGAUUAUAUGGAGCCUGUCAACGUUUACAUGGUAGUUUUUCGAGAAGGCCUACUCACUAUCACGUAUGAGACAUCACCUCAUGCAGCCAAUGUUCGUAAGCGGAUUGGCCGACUAAGGGAUUACAUGGAAUUGACAGCUGAUUGGAUCUGCUAUGCACUGAUUGAUAACAUUGUCGACACGUUCGGUCCACCGAUCCACAAUGUCGAAAUUGAAGCCGAUACUAUCGAAGAUCAAGUCUUCGUCGCCCGCACCGAAGACUUCGCAUCACUCCUACGCCAAAUUGGCAAAUGUCGCAAAAAGGUCAUGUCACUGAUGCGGCUUCUCGGUGGCAAGGCAGACGUCAUCAAAGGCUUUGCAAAGCGCUGCAACGAACAGUACAGCGUCACUCCUCGUGGAGAAAUAGGCUUGUAUCUCGGCGAUAUUCAGGACCAUGUAGUGACCAUGAUGAGCAAUCUUGGACACUUUGAGAAAAUGCUCUCAAGAUCGCAUAGUAACUAUCUGGCUCAGCUUUCCGUGGAUCAUCUUGCUCAAGGGAAUACGGCUAACGAAGUUUUGAGCAAGAUCACACUAUUGGCUUCGAUCUUGGUGCCUUUGAAUUUGAUUUGUGGUUUGUUCGGAAUGAACGUGAACGUGCCUGGCAAGACUCAAGAUGGACUUGGCUGGUUCUUCGGAAUCAUUGGUGUGAUUGCAGUAUUUGUGGUCAUAUCUUUGGUGGCUGCUAGGAGGUUGAAGUUCAUUUAG